AUGUUACCACAUCCACUCGAACAGCUGCAAGCAGCAGAAAUCGACUGUGCGCGGGAGGUCAUCAUCAGGGCUAAUCCCGGUGUUGUUAUUCAAUUUCGAUCAAUAUUUCUUCAAGAGCCCUCGAAGGCGGUCUUGACAAGUUUCCUGGCAGCGGAGCAUAGCGGAUCACUUUCUCCGCCUACUUCUCGUCCACCAAGAUUGGCAAAUGUUCACUAUGAUACUGUGCAGACAGAUAAGACCCAUGACUAUGUUGAAUCUGUUGUGGACUUGGGUCUGAAGAAAGAAAUAUCUCGGCAAGCAUUUGAUAAUUCGCACCAGCCUUCAAUCACCCUGGAAGAAUUUGGAUCAUUCAACAAGGCCUGCAUGGAGUCCUCAUUAUUCCAAGAAGCCAUUUCUAAAUUUAUAUUACCAGAUGGCUUUGUUCUCGAAAUUGAUCCAUGGCCAUAUGGUGGACUCGACCCUGGCGAGCCCACAAUUCGCUAUAUGCAGGGCCUGUGUUUCGCGAGGGACACACGAAAUGGAAAUCCCGAUUCCAACCAUUAUGGUUAUCCGAUUCCAAUCAUCCCAGUGAUGGAUUUUUAUAAGCGAGAAAUCAUUAGGAUUGACAAACUCGCAACUGGAGGUUUCGGUGAUGGCCUAGCUUAUGAUACUAACUCUCCAAAUAUACUGGACCACACUCGAGCGUCUGAGUAUGUCCCCGAACUUUUAGGCAUAAAACUACGAACGGAUGUGAAGCCACUGAAUGUGCUUCAACCAGAAGGGCCUUCCUUCUACGUGAGUAAUGAUAAUCUUAUCGAAUGGCAGAAAUGGAGAUUCCGUGUUGGAUUCAACCCUCGUGAAGGCGCAACAAUCCAUGACGUUCAUUACGAUGGACGCAGCAUUCUCCACCGCCUCAGCAUAUCCGAAAUGACGGUUCCUUAUGGUGAUCCCCGACCACCAUUUCAACGAAAGCAAGCUUUUGAUUUUGGCGAUGGAGGCGCCGGACGAUCUGCAAAUAAUCUAGCCUUGGGCUGCGAUUGCCUGGGUGUUAUCAAGUACUUGGAUAGUUUCAACGUCGAUGCGUCAGGCCGUCCUUCCGUGGCUAAGAAUGUCGUGUGCAUCCACGAACAAGAUAAUGGCAUCGGAUGGAAACAUACAAACUUCCGGACAAGCCAGGCCGUUGUUACUCGAUAUCGUGAGCUUGUGGUUCAGUUCGUCAUUACCCUCGCCAACUACGAAUAUAUAUUUGCGUACAAGUUCGACCAGGCAGGAGGAGUUACUUUCGAAACUCGUGCGACAGGUAUCGUUUCAGUGGUCAACAUUGACCCAGGAAAGACGUCGCCCUGGGGUAAUGUGGUAUCACCUGGUGCCCUGGCUCAGAACCAUCAACAUUUAUUCUGCCUUCGCAUUGACCCUGCAAUUGAUGGCCACCGAAAUACUAUAUUCCGCGAAGAGUCUUUACCAAUUCCUAUGGACAUCACUACUAAUCCGCAUGGGAAUGCCUACAACGUAGUUUCCCAACCGAUAGCCACUUCAAGUGGAUUUAAUGCUUCUCCCAGUACCAACUUAACAGUCAAAAUGUCCAAUACCAACGUUCGAAAUCCUAUCUCUGGACGGCCAGUCUCCUAUAAAUUUACACCUCCGGCUACACAGCUUAUACUUGCUGACCCAAGGUCCACAGUCGCCCGUCGUGCUCAAUUUGCAAAACAUCAUGUUUGGGUGACAGCCUACCGGGAUGGUGAGCUAUUCGCAGGAGGGAAAUUUACUAAUCAGUCCCGAAGCGAACGGGGAGGUCUUGCUGAUGCUGCCGCUCGGAAUGACAGUACGCUUGAUUCCGAUGUGGUGCUAUGGUCGGUGUUCGGGCUUACGCAUAAUCCUCGCGUGGAGGAUUGGCCGGUGAUGCCAAUUGAGAAAAUUGAGCUGCACCUGCGCCCCGCUGACUUCUUCGAUCGUAAUCCUGCGUUGGAUGUUCCCGGGAUUAAAAAUGACACAAGUGUAGUUGUUGGUGGCGAGGAGAGCUGUUGUUCUCCAGGUGGGAAGGUUCAGCAGGCAGCUGAAUCGCAUCGUCAAAGCUCCAACGAUAUUCCUGUUAAAAAUAGCAUGCUGUGA